CUCCGGUCUAAGACGACGGACUCCGAUGCGAGUCAAUCCCACACAUGAAGCUUCGAUAGCACAAUGCACAAUCAGAAUAACGUUAACGACCAGGAAUUGGAGGUCCAAGGAUAUACUAGGGUAAUGACCCGGCGCUUCUCGCCGUUGUCCCUUUGUCUCUCGGCUUUGCCAUGACAGCAACUUGGAAUGGCUUUGGAAGCGCCACUGAGACAACCCUCGCGAAGGCUUCCUCAUCCGGCACGAUUUGGACCUUAAAUAUUGCCGCUAUGAUGAACUUGGUCGUCUCUCUCGGCAUGGUAGAGCUCGUAUCAGCUUAUCCCAACUCCGGCGGACAGUAUUGUUGGGCGUUUUGUGCUGCGCGUCCAAACUGGCCACCCUUCGCUUCCUAUAUGUCUGCUUGUGGGAAGACCUGCGGGUGGUGGCUCGGUCUAGCGAGUGUGUGCAACCUUGCUGCAGUUAUGGUGUUAGCUAUGCUCCACCUGGGCGUUGAUGGUUAUAUUGUCCGUCCAUGGUAGGAAUGGCUAUGUUAUACAUUCGUUCUGUGGCUCGCCGUUGUGUUUCAUAUAUUUGGAACACGCUUUCUCCCCCCAUCUAACAGAGCUUUAGGAGAG